GUGGUAGAGUGAUAGAUGUGCCAGUUCAGUGCUUAGUGGUCGCGUAGCGCGAGACACGACACUCGUCCUCGUGGAAACCGGAUGAAGCAGUACUAGUAGCAGUUGGAAGGCCAGCAAAACGGGAAGAUGCCUAUAGCAAAAGACAUUUCGAGCAUAGCUAGUCGUCCAGGCUUCGUCGAUGACGACAUCUAUCGAGGGUACGUGAAGGGUAUCCCGGGCGGGCAGUACCACAAGGGCUGUCUCCUGCAGGGAUUCAUGACCUACAAGCACCUGCUGAAGAGGAUCCCGCAGAUGAAGAUGAGAGAGGACGACAUCGUCAUAUGCUCGUAUCCAAAAUCAGGUACGACGUGGACGGAAGAGAUAGUAUCGCUCAUCAAGAACAAUGGCAACGUGGGCAAAGUAAAGAGGGAGAUUCACUGGCGAGUUAUCCACAUGGAAACGGGCAGACCGUUCUUCCACAUGCGUUACAUGAACAACCUCAAGUCGAGGAGACUCUUGGCGACACAUCUUCCGUUUGAACUCCUACCCACGCAGUUGCAAAACGGUCGCGGCAAGGCUUCUAUACCUGGGCUGUCGACUGGGCAAGGAAAGCAUAACAUCUGA